UCUUUGUGCAUAUGACAUGAGUGAAUACAGCAGCUUGUGUGGAAAUUUCAACAUGAAGCUAAAAAAUUGUAUAAUAAUCUUCACGAUAUUCACAAUUUUUACCUUCAUUGGUUUUGCAACUGCACAAGACCUACGAAAUGUCUCGGAACCCAAAAAUCCUCAGACCUGUGCCUCGCUGACAGCAAGUGGUUCAGAAGACACCAGAACCAUACAAAAGGCUCUCGACUCCUGCGCCAAGGGAAAAGCGGUCGCACUGUCGUCUGGGGUAUUCCAUUCCGGUCCACUUGUGGUUCCUUCAGGUGUCAGUCUCUUGGUUGACGCUGGAGUGACCUUGAAGGCCCUCACGGACCCUGCGCUGUACGACCUGGGCUCGAAAAAGUGCGGCACUCUGGACGAGUACGGUCUCGGCUGCACGGCCUUCAUCACGAUAGCCAAGGCCAGCGGCAGUGGGAUCUACGGCAAAGGCACAAUCGAUGGACAAGGAGACGUGGUUAUGACUGGGAAAAACCAAACCUGGUGGGAGCUUGCUCAUGUUGCAAUGGUACAGGGUACCUAUCAGAACAACCCAAGGCUCAUACAGAUAAACGACUCCACGGACAUCACGUUGUACCAGAUCACGCUGAAGAACUCUCCGUACUGGACGGUGUACAUCACCAACACGAACGGCCUGACGGCGUGGGGGCUCACCAUCCUGGCGCCGGCGAGCGCGCGGAACACAGACGGCAUCGACCCCGUCGGCUCACAGAACGUCACCAUCGCCCACUGCCAUGUCAGCAUCGGCGACGACAACGUGGGCAUCUCGGCUGUGACCGCGCCGGCCAGACACAUCUCCGUGGUCCACAACCACUUCGACCACGGGAAUGGACUGUCCAUCGGCAGCGGCACCGACCACGGGGUCAGCGACGUGUUUGUGUCCGGGUUGACCUUCAACGGCUCCAAGAACGGAGUGCACAUCAAGACCAACACCUACCGAGGGGGGGUGGUGACCCGGGUCUCCUACGAGAACCUCUGCGUCUGCGGCGGUGUGAGAUCGCCCAUCCACGUGGAAAUGAAGUACAUGCACCAGACCGGGAAUCUCGUGCCAGAGGUGUACAACAUCAGCAUCACCAACAUGUGGGUGCUCACCAAGGGGAAGUACAUAUUCCGAGGUCUCAGUCGCUCCAACGAAGUUCGCUUGAACCUGACGGACGUGCACAUUAUGAAAGGUUCGACGUGGAAAUCGAGAUACGCUAAAAUUAGCGGAGCUGUUGCGGAUGAUGCUGACACGAAGAAACAAUGUGGAUAUUCGGGUAAUGCAUAGUUACGUUUUAUUUAACUGUAAAAUGUUGACUUGAUGUAAGUUUUUGGACAUACGCCAUUGCUAAGCACUUUUUAUGUGGGUUCAAUAUUUUUGUGUCGUCAUCAUUUGUUGGUUUUUUUUCGUUCUCGUAGUACAUUUUUCUUUGUUUUUCUUUGUUUGUUGACCAUAUUCCUGUUACGAAAUAUUUUGUGGUGUUUAUAUCCUGUUGACAACAGCAAUUUUUGCUUAAUUUGUGUUUUUUGUCUUUUGGGUAUUUUUAUUUAUUUAUUUUUAGUUUUUAGUUUUCUUCUACAGAAAAGUGCUUGGCAAUGGCGUAUGUCCACUAACUUACAUUAUGGCAUGCACUCCCAUUGCACAAAUGUUUCAAAUAUAAUGUAAAAUGUGUGCCGUAAAUUAGGGAUUUAGGCACAUUUUAUUUAAAAUUUUGUAAUCUUAAAUUUUUUUUGGAAUAAUAUAUAUUUUUUCAUCUUAUUUUCGUUACGGCCAGGCCCUCAGCCUCUGUUCUCAGGGGCGAGCUGUUUUUCUUUCCCAGCCUAAUGCUAGCUUAGCAUUCUGGCUAAUAUUUCUCCCGCCUCCAGGCACGUCGGGGGCCGGUAACUUUAUUUCUCCACGUGACUACUUUUGCCUACAGCAGCUUGUGAAGCAGUGCUGAGCCCUGCUAACUCUGUCACGAAUCGGUAUAAGGUUUACUAGCAGCAAGACACGACAGGAGGAUCCCGUGGGCCUUGUGUCCCACAGACCAUGCGUUUUUUGAAGCCAUCCCCCCCCUGCUCCCCCACCCUUUAUUCUCAGAAGUGAAGCCAGGAGCGACGACCGCACAGGGACGUUAACCGAAUUCAAGGCCAUCUCAGGCUUGACAGCCGCAGAGACGAUUCUGGACUUUAACGACAUCUAGCGACGGCUGUGGUCACUAACGCCACUUGUGGGCGUCGGCAGCGCCCACACUACCGCGCUCGCGCGGAGGUAACGACAACCUUUCUCCUUCUUAUGUCUCGGGCCACUAGGCGGCACCUCUGGUUACUCCAUUACCCCCUAGCUUGACACUCUCGUCGGUCACUAGUCGAUUAAUUAGUACUUCUUCUCGCCACCAAAAGAUAGCGCCUCAGUCGCGCAGUCACUCCAGUAAGAUCUAUUUUUUUUUUUUGCCAGACACCUUCGGGUGGGCUCGGUAAUUUUCGGCUCAGAGCCUACCCCCCUUCCAUUCUCUAGAGACCCCGUGCUUAUUAUAUACUGACGAUACCCCACUCUGAAGUGACUUCGGUGCGCGCCUCCUGACUGACUGGUAGGUACCGUUUGUAACUGCGAACUUCGGCGAAUCAUCGACAUCGCAUCGUAUAUUAUGUAGUCUUCUCAGACUAGAGGGAUGAAGUCCUAUCUAAAAUUAAGAGUAACCAGUCAGUAGUUUAGUUAAAAGGAGAGAAACUUAGUAUUUUUUUAUAUUUAUUUUUUUAAUUAAUCAUGAAGACUUCCGUGUAUACCGCGAAUCAUGGUUCGGGUUUUCGGAGACGAGACGCCCUCUCCUGAGCGCCAGGAGCAACACCCUGUUUUGGUAAGUCUUGACAUCAUCCCCCCUUUAAUUUCCCUCUAUUGGCCUUUUGCGCCAUUUAAGUACUUAUACUGUCUGGAAACAGGUCUGAUUCUUUUGAAUUUGGACAUCUGUUUCAGACAGGGUUCCAAUUUUGGGGCAACCAAAAUCCUCUGCCAGAACCUCUGGAAUCGGAUCCUGAGCAUAAUCCAUCAUCUUUAGGCCUACUACCUCGAUCACCAUCUACCUACAGCCCCGGGUGAUACCCGCAUAAUUCUAUCAUUUUAUUCACGAACUCAAAAAUAGUGUGACCCAGUUAAGACAGCGGACAGUUAAAGCAGUUUGAAAAGAGGAAAUUUAUAUAAUGUUUUGCAAGGACUAUACUUACAACCAUUAAAGUUACCGAUGUUAAUUUCAUUCAUGUUUUUAAAUAUUGUAAUUUUUGUUAUACAUUCAGGGCCGGCCCUCUCGUAAAUAACGUUAAGGAAUAUCAUAUAAUAAGUGUAAUUGUGAGGAAUUUAUGUUACAUCACUUAUCAAUGAAAAACAGAUGUUACAAAGGAAUAUUUAAUCUAUAAAAAAAAGAACAAUGAUUAAUAAAAUAAGGAAGUAUAUAGACGUAACUGUUGUUUUUAUUUAAUUAAUCUAUAAUAAUGAUCCCUUUUUCUCCCUAGUGUUCGUAGGGAGUCUCUAAAUUUGCUUUGUUUACUCCUAGUGUCGCCUCUGUUGUUGACUUUUUAUAGUUAUUAAUUGAGGGCCCCAGUAUUCAGAGUUUCCAAAUCUUUUUACCUUCUUAUUUAAUUAUUCUUUAAGACACUUGGGGUAUUACAAAAUGGUAGCAGAGCGUGGUUACGAUCCACGGACCUCUGGGUUAUGGGCCCAGCACGCUUCCAAGGUCACCUACACUUGGCCUAUUUCCGAAAUCAUUGCGCACCCCUCUCACCCCACCCAACCAAUGUACCUUCCACCAAACAUGGCGGGAAUGUUUAACCCAUACCUCCAGUUCCAGUCAGCAUUUUCAUCCUUCCAGACCACCCCAGAACUCCACACUCCCUUUGCGGCCGUUGGCACGCAAAUCUCACCCCUACCUCAGGUAAGUGCAUCUAGCACCGCGAGUUCACUUGCACAGUCCACCGCCAUGACAGCUAUUCCCCAACCUGACCUACAAAUUCCCCAAGUCAGUCCUUCAACCUCGUACCUCCCUCUGGCACUUACAGCACAAAUGUUGAGUAAGAAAAUUAUUAGUCAGAAUGUAAAGAAAAAAAUAUAACUAAAAAAAAGGACUUGAACUCAUUCAGAUUAUAUUAUUUAAUAUUUUCAAAAAAUGGAAUUUUUCACGUAAUUAUUUAAAGUGGCUGUUAAUUAAACAUAGAUAUCAUUA